AUGCACUGCGGCGACUCAGCCGUUAUCAUGACACAUCUUCAACCUAAGGAAAAGCUUCCUCUCUGUAUGAGCGUUUUAUUUGUUAACCUUGGAGUAAGGGUGACCCCAUUUGUCGCUGUUUGAGAAGUAAGCAGCUCCUUGUCUUGUCAGGCGGAUAGUGUCUACCAGUUAAUGUGUGUCAUAAGUUGUCUGGAGCUUCCUUAGACACGCUGGAGCUCGCUGAGUGAGAAAGCUUUACGAGCUAGCAGCUAGCGCAGCUAAGUGAGGAGACCCGUAACGUCGGGGUGCUACAUUCACCAAAAACAGCCGCUGACAGAAAGAAAUGCUGACUUCACAUCUAUGGCGUUAUGACGGAGAGUAAGAACAGAAGCAGGUCUGCAGGAAUACCGGCGUGAGUUUACAGGUCACAGGCAAGGAUGAGCGGAUCCCUCCCGUGGUUUCCCAUGAAUCUCGCCUGGAGUUGGAGCGUGUUGUGAAAGGAGAGUAGUGGGAAGACCACACGUGGACAGUCAGCAGCAGUCAUGAAUCUCCAUCAAGUCCUUACAGGGGCUGUUAACCCCGGGGACAAUUGCUUCUCUGUUGGGAGUGUUAACAAUGUGCCUUUCACGGCUUAUGCGUCAGGUUGUGACGUGGUGGUUUUAGGAAGUAAUUUUGAGCGGCUGCAGAUCAUCCCGGGGGCCAAACAUGGGAAUAUCCAGGUCGGUUGUGUCAACUGCUCACAACGAGGUGGACAGAUUGCAUCUUCCUAUGGAAGCAUUGUUUGUGUCUUUGAGCCAGUUCACCUCCCAGAUCAAAAGUGCACAUCAUCAUCUAAACUAAGCUGCCAAUGGCAGAAGACUGGUCAGUUUGUUUUAGAGUCAAUGGUACGAAACCUGGCUUGGCAUCCCACAGGUGGUACUCUGUUAACUGGCUCUAGUAGCCUUCAGUUAUGGUCCAGUGCUGAUGGGAAAGAUGAAAGUGAAGAAAAGGGAAAACGGACAAAAGCCACCCGACCAGACUCUAAUUCUACCUGGAGAUGCAUCUGGCAGAGCAAGACUGCCUCUCCAGUCAGUUUUAUAAAGUUCUCACCUGAUGGACAGUUCUUUGCUACUGCAGGACAGGAUGACUGUCUAGUGAAGGUUUGGUACAGCACAAACAAGUGGAAGUCAUGUGUUGCGGAGCUGUUUACUCCUCCAGAGGCCAGUGUGACUGUGCAGGGAGAGCUGACCUUUUCCUUCAUCUACUUGGCCCAUCCUCGCUCCGUUACGGGGUUCUCCUGGAGGAAGACUAGCAAGCACAUGCCACGAGGGGCAGUGUGUAAUGUUCUGCUCACCUGCUGUAAGGACAGCGUCUGCCGACUGUGGGCAGAGACGCUGUUGCCAGGUGACAGCCUCAUCUCCGGUUACCAUAGCAGCCAUCUUUUUGGCCCACAAGGGGAAACGGUCAACUCUGCUGGCUCCUCUUCGAAGCACACCUGCAAUGGGAAAUCGGCAGGAAUGUCUUCACAAGAGUUAAGUUUCCAGGAAUCAUGGCAUUCCUCGUCUUACCGGGAUAUUCCUCAGCCGUCUCUGACUGGCUGCCUGCCUCAUGAUCAGAACCAACACCAUAACCACAGGAGGAGCAGCAACAGCGGGACGCCUCACGCCAACGCGCUCUGCCACUUCCACAUCGCAGCCAGCAUUAACCCAGCCACAGACAUUCCUCUGCUGCCUUCCAUCUCUGCUCUGAGUACGGUGGACGACGAGGAACCCGGCAGUCUGUUUACCGUCCACUGGCUCAACAACAAAGAGCUUCACUUCACUUUGGCCAUGGAAGUCUUCCUGCAGCAACUUGGAGGGAGUUUGGAACAGAGGAAUGAAUCCUCUAAUGAAGAGCUUGAUGAUGAAGAAAACUCCGACGAAGAAGAGAACAGACCAAGUGACCACCAGGGCCCUGAAGGUGGGGAGCUUCCCGUAGCAGCUGUGGAGCAUCAGGUGGACGUUUUGUUAGAGGAGUGGAAUAAAGGGGCUGACAUGCUGUUCAGUAUUCACCCGCUGGACGGCUCUCUGUUGGUCUGGCAUGUCGACUGGUUAGAUGAAUACCAGCCAGGCAUGUUCAGGCAAACUCAGGUGUCGUUUGUGUCCCGCAUCCCAGUAGCGUUCCCUACAGGCGAUGCAAUCUCCCUGAGCCACAGUGUGGUCAUGUAUGCCUGCAACAAGAAUGUGGAUCUGGCAAUUCAACAUGGCAGACAGCGGCCGCCCGGGAGCUCCUUGUCUCAAACCAAAUCUGCUCUGAUAAGCUACGGGAGUCUUGGGAAAGCUGCCCCCAGCAGCAGCCUCAGACUGAGCAUUUUCACCCCUAACGUCCUCAUGAUCUCCAAACAUGACGACGGCUCGCUGAAUCAGUGGGCGGUCAGUUUUGCGGAGGACUCUGCUUUCUCCACUGUGCUCAGCAUCUCUCACAAAUCACGCUACUGUGGUCACCGUUUCCACCUCAAUGACUUGGCCUGUCACUCGCUGCUCCCUCUCCUCCUCACCACCUCGCACCACAACGCCUUGAGGACGCCAGAGGCAGACAGCAUCCUGGCUCCUGCGGAGGCCUACUCCACCAGUGUCCCGUCUUUCUCUCAUGGGUCACGACCCUCCCGUGUGUCCCUCGGAGGGGUUUCCCAAGAUCCCAAUGCCAUCUACAGCGAGCUGAUUCUGUGGAGGGUGGACCCGGUUGGGCCGCUGUCUCUGUCAGGCGGGGUCUCAGAGCUGGCCAGGAUCAAUUCCCUCCAUGCGUCAGCGUUUGCUAAUGUAGCCUGGCUUCCCACACUCAUUCCUAGCAGCUGCUUAGGUGUGUACUGUAACUCCCCCAGUGCUUGCUUUGUGGCGAGUGAUGGACAGUCACUCAGGCUCUAUCAGGCUGUUAUUGAGGCGAAGAAACUCCUGAGUGAACUCUCCAACCCUGAGAUUUCUAAAUAUGUUGGGGAGGUGUUUAACAUCAUCAGCCAUCAGUCCACAGCAAAACCAGGCUGCAUCAUUGAGUUGGAUGCCAUUACAGACUUUCAGGGGAAGGAGACCCAGCUCCUGCACGUCUUUGAGGAGGAUCUGAUCCUUGGCAGUAUGAAAACAGAAGACACACAAGAUACUCCUCAGUCUCCUCCUACUGCAGGCUGCAGUAAGCCAGCCUUCUCAGGACGUUUUUUUCUGGUGGUGGUGGAACUGACGCCUACUGGCCGCUCCUUGCUCCACAUGUGGCAUCUGCAUCUGGCAGCUUGUCCUGUCACAAUAGAGGAAGCUACAAUUCAAAAAGAAAUCAAUGCAGCUUCUCCUAUAACCGGCUCUCAGUUCGUCUUCGACAUCCCCAGCUCUCCGGCACAGAAGAGUAAACCCUGCACUUCCAAUUUACAGAGCGCCUGUCGUCUCAGCCUGACAACGCACAUGCUGUGCAGCCAAGAAAUGGCUCUACCGCAAGGGGUGGAAGUCAUUAGCGUUACUCCUUCAGCAGGUCAUCUGAGUGCAUCAUGUUCUCUGCCGUCGGGCCGUGUGCCUUAUCUCCUUGCUACUUCCUGUUCUGAUGGAAAGGUGCGUUUCUGGAGGUGUACUGCUUUGAAAACGGACCCGUCCAGUGUACACAGCUUGGUGUAUCAGUGGGAAGAGUGGCCCCUGCUGGUGGAGGAGACUCAUCCGAGCAGCAGCGCCGUGAGCGUGCCUGGUCGGCCCAUCAAGGUCAGCUGCUGUCACUCUGGACGGAUUGCUGUCGCCUACAGGCAGACGAACCCACCACUGAACUCAGCACCUCAUCUGACCACUCACAGACUGUUGCAGUCCCCUCCUGCCCUGGCAUCCUCCCCCUUCUGCAGCAACACUCACAUUACCCCAAUGCUUACUCUACAGCCUUGUCAGAGUCUCGCGUUAAGCCCCAACUCAGCCAACACGAAGGAACCAUCAGUCCAUAUCAGCACCUUUCAGUGCGAGUCCACUGGUGGUUCAGAGUGGAUACUGGAGCAAACUAUAGUCCUGGAAAGCACAGAUCCCACAACUUUUUCUUCCACCAGCAACGGACAUGCCAAUAUUCCAAAUAGCACAGACUUCUCUACACUAAACGGAAACUGUCCUGGUUCUGCUAAUGGGAGCCAGGUUCACUUGGACUGGGUUUCCCAAGAGGAUGGGUCACACAUACUGACUGUUGGCAUUGGGACAAAGAUUUAUAUGUAUGGCCGUCUCUCUGGGAAGCCUCCAGACUUAGGCCUGUCUUCUGAAACAAAUAGAGACCAAAGUCUGUCUCGUCUGGUUCUCCUUCGAUCUGUUAAUCUGGUUUCCUCUGUUGAAGGCUCGUUACCUAUCCCAGUCUCACUGUCGUGGGUUCGAGAUGGGAUCUUGGUAGUGGGCAUGGACUGUGAAAUGCAUGUUUACUCCCAGUGGCAACCACCGGUUCCCCCCAAACCCAGCGUUGCGGCCGUCCAAGACACAGAUGUCAGCAGCAGCAUCUCCUCUAUAGUCUCAGCUGUCAGACAGUGCCAAGAGGACGUUUUCACCACUGGUGCUCCCACAGCUUCUUUGACCCUUCCCAAACGAUCCCUAACAAGAUCAAUGAUGAGCCUGGCGCAGAAACUUAGUGGGAAGAAAACUGUUUAUGACCUUCCUGUAGAGAUGGAAGACUCCGGACUCUUUGAAGCGGCUCACCAACUCUCUCCUACUCUGCCUCAAUACCAUCCUGUUCAGUUACUGGAGCUUUUGGACCUGGGGAAGGUUCACCGUGCCAAAGCAAUCCUCUCUCACUUGGUAAAAUGCAUUGCUGGGGAGAUAGUGAUACUCAAGGACAAUGCCACCCAUCCAGAGAAACGCGUGCGCUCUCGGACUAUCAGUGUGGGAGGCAGCACAGCCAGGGACCAAAAGAUAUUCAACAAGUCAGAAAGCUCCAGCCCUGACUACACCGAGAUAAGCUCCGUCCCUCCCCUGCCUCUUUACGCUCUGCUGGCAGCUGAUGAGGAUGCACCACAUCUUGAGAAAGGAGGCAGUAUGAGCGGUGACAGCGGACAUGGCUCCAGUCAGACUGAUGCCUAUGAUGAGCUCUUUCAUACACACAACACUCUGGAUCUGGAUCCUCUGGACAACGAACAGGAAGAAUCUGGGAAUAAGGUUAUUGACCUUUCCCAGUACAGUCCGACAUACUUUGGGCCAGAGCAUGCUCAGGUUCUAUCCAGCCACCUCCUCCACUCCAGUUUGCCUGGAUUAACCCGAAUGGAGCAGAUGUCCCUCAUGGCGCUGGCGGACACAAUCGCCACGACAAGCACAGACCUUAAGGACAACCAGGAUAAGAGCAAAGGUGGAGAAACACUGGAUGAGUGUGGGUUGAAGUUCUUGCUGGCUGUCAGACUCCAUACCUUCCUUCUAACAUCGCUGCCUCCUGUCCAUCGAGCCCAGCUGCUGCGGCAAGGCCUUUCAACGUGUCAGUAUGCCUGGGCCUUCCACUCUGAAGCUGAGGAGGAGCUCCUGAACAUGCUGCCUGCCCUGCAGAAGGGAGAGCCCACCUGGGCCGAGCUCCGAGCCAUGGGUGUGGGCUGGUGGCUGCGCAGCACCAACAAGCUGCGCAGGUGUAUAGAGAAGGUUGCCAAGGCUUCGUUUCAGAGAAACAAUGAUCCUCUGGAUGCUGCUAUAUUUUACCUUGCAAUGAAAAAGAAGGCAGUGGUUUGGGGACUGUACAGGUCUCAGAAAAAUACAAAAAUGACAGAGUUUUUCCACAACAACUUCAGCGAGGACAGGUGGAGGAAAGCUGCAUUGAAGAACGCCUUCUCUCUGUUGGGAAAGCAGCGGUUCCAGCAUUCUGCUGCCUUCUUUCUGCUGGCUGGCUCCCUUAAGGAUGCCGUGGAGGUGUGUUUAGAGAAAAUGCAGGACUUGCAGUUGGCCCUGGUGAUCUCUAGAUUGUAUGAAUCCGAGUUUGAGAUAUCUUCUACUUAUAAAAAGAUCCUCCAGAGACAUGUUUUGGGUCAAGACAAACAGAUUCCAGUCCAUCCAGAUCCGUUCCUGCGAAGCAUGGCUUUCUGGGUCCUGGAAGAUUACAGCAGGGCCCUGGACACACUGAUUGAGCAGCCUGCAAACUGCAAAAGCUCUGGACCCUCUCAGAACAAAUGUGACAGUGGUUCCUCAACCAUGUCUGCAAGUAACCCUGAGGUUUUCAACUUUUACAUCUACCUCCGCACACACCCGCUGCUCCUUCGCCGCCAUUUCAGCUCUUCUGACAAAGCUAAAGUUGCUCUGACCACUGAAGUCCGCAGGGCCGACUCCAUCAGCCUGGAUGAGAGGAGACUCUUCUUCACGACUGCAUACGCACACCUCCACGCCGGAUGCCCCAUGUUGGCACUUGAAGUCCUUUCCAAAAUGCCUAAAGUUCACAAGCACUCCAAAGUUUCCCAUCACGGAGUAAAAGACAUUCCACAUGAACUGAGCGUCGGGAGCAAGAAUGGGCCGGCAUCGGAACCCGACUGGUCUCCGCCGGACCUGAACGGCUACCAUUCGGAUGGAAACAGCAACAGCAGGUCCGACUCGGUCUUGAGUUUCGAUUGGAGCCAGCCGUCGAUGGCGCUACCAGAUGAGCCCCUGGAUCUGAAGUGGGACAGCGACAAAGACGAAGAGGACGAAGAUGAAGAGAACGUUCUGGAAAACAAUAAAAACACGGACAACAGCGUGUUUCAGGACCGACAGGACUCCAUGGUGACUAUCGCAGAAACGUUAAAAAGUGAGGAAAGCGAAGACGGCGAUGACUUCAUUGCUCCAUCUGAAGACAUCUUUUUGGCCCACCUUAAGUUCACCGCUUGCUUGAAGAUCAUGAGCAAUGAGCUCCGGACUCUGUCGACGGGAUACGAACUGGACGGAGGGAAGCUGCGGUACCAGCUCUGUCAAUGGCUGGAGAGAGAGGUUGUGUCUCACCAGCAUGUUUGCAGCUAUAAGCCUUGCUUACCAGAACGGUCCGUCUCGGGUGAUGGCCCUGUUUCUGGCCUGGUGGAGGAGGAACAGGUGGGUGUUGAUUGCUGGCUCCUUGCGGUGAUAUUAAAUGAAGACAACUGCUCCAGGGUAAAGCACAUUUGGAUUCAUUCCCUCUGUCUGCAGGACGACUCCCUGAAGUCUGCGGUGGCAGUGAAUUCCCAGCCUACCUCUAUCCCGCUGCUCACGGCCUGUACGGUCAGUGUAAAGACGGUGGUGGCCAACCCCAUCGUCCAUCUGACCAAUCUAACCCACGACAUCCUGCAUACCAUCAAUGCACUCGACUCUCCUCCACAUCCGGAUGUCGUUAACAACGAGAUCUAUGUGAUGCAUACCUUGGCUGCUUCCUUGUCUGCAUGUAUUUAUCAAUGUCUUUGUGACGGACACAAAUACAGCCAUGUGAACCAUUUCACCGGGACUGUGUAUCAGAGUGUUUUACUGUCUCAGAGGCAGACGGUGAAAACCGUCAGCUUGGGUGAGGCUGUUCAGCCAAAUACUUCUCCUGCUCAGUGGCCUGGUAUCGCCUCUCUUAUUCACCUGUUGAGCUCCGCAGGUGAGGAGACCCAGCCGGGUCUGGCUGUGCUGCUCUGUGAGAUCCUGACAGCAGUCUUCCUCAGUCUGUUUGUUCACGGCAUGGCCACACACUCCAGCAACGAGCUGUUUCGCAUCAUGGCUCACCCACUCAACUGUAAGCUUUGGAUGACUGUGUUUGGAGGAGGUGCCCGUGUCCCUGUCAUGGAUAAAGCCAGCAGUCCAGCCAGAACUCCGCCUACAACCUCCCCAAGUGGGUUGGACCAGAAACCACGACGAUUCAAGCUUCUGUCAUCCCGCAGUGGAUCCAGGGAAGAGUCUGGAAUCGAGCGUGAAGGACCUUGCAGUCCUAAGAUCGUAGUGGAACAGGAAGCGACCUCCAUUUUUAAAGAGGAUUUUGUUCCUCCAGAUCUCAGUAUUUGGGAUUAUUUCAUUGCCAAGCCUGAGCUGCCACCGUCACAAAACAGAGUUGAGUAUGACUCAGAGGAGAGCCAGGACAGCCAGGAUGAAGAUGAUGAAGACCUUGAAUCUGAAGAUGUGUUUGAGCCCAACCUGCCACAGAAAGAGCAUUCAAACCAUAAUUCAUACAGCUGGUGUUUGAUGCGCCUGGCCAUGGUACAACUGGUGUUGGUCAACCUCAAGUCCUUUUACCCGAUGGCAGGGUAUGAUCUGUUGGAUUUGCCUGUGGCCUCGCCUCUGUGUCACGCUGUGCUGAAGACGCUGCAGCGAUGGGAGCAGGUGCUGCAAAAGAGGCUGGAGCUGUUCGGCGGCCCUCCGGCAAAGUACAUCUCCACUCACCUCCAAGACGAGAUCCCAACUCCUGGCCCCGCCCUGCUCAGACACAAAGCCCUGUUUGAGCCAUCCAACACCCCCUUCAGAAGCAGCCACCACUCGGUACUGCCGGUGAAGCGUUUAUGGCAGUUCUUGGUGAAACAGGAAGAGGUGCAGGAGACUUUCAUUAGGAACAUCUUCACCAAGAAACCAGGCACAAAUCAGUCGGUUGAGGACCACACUGACAGUAUGAAAUAUUCAGGAGUGGAGGAGGCAGGAAACAGUCAGACUGAGUCAGAUCUGGGCUGGCCCGGAGGCAAAGCACGCAUCAUCCACAAGGAAUCUGACAUCAUUACAGCCUUUGCCAUCAACAAGGCAAACCGUAAUUGUUUAGUCAUGGCCUCCACACAUGACAUUCAGGAGCUGGACGUGUCAUCCAUCUUGGCCACGCAGAUCUUGACUUGGAUCGAUGAAGAUGAAGUCGAAUCCAAAGGUGUUGGUGGUGAUGACUUCCUGGUGGUCCAUGCGCGUGAUGACUUUGGUUCGCUUCACGGCACCACUCCAUACACUCACAGCAGCCCGGGCACGCCCAUCAAUGUGCCUUGGCUUGGAGGGCACCAGACCGGCAGAGGUGCAGCUGUGAUGAUAAAGAGAAAUAUCAACAACGUGAGAAGAAUGACCUCUCAUCCCACACUGCCAUACUACCUGACAGGAGCUCAAGAUGGAAGCGUGAGGAUGUUCGAGUGGGGUCACUCUCAGCAGAUCAUCUGCUUCAGAAGUCCGGGCAACUCCAGAGUCACCAGGAUCCGAUUCAACCACCAAGGGAACAAGUUUGGUAUUGUAGAUGCAGAUGGAGGAUUAAGUCUCUGGCAAACCAACACCAGUGGGAGCACACUCAAACCGUACCUGACGUUGCAGUGCCACAACAAGACCGCUCAUGACUUUGUUUUUGUUGGCUCUUCUUCCCUCAUCGCCACUGCAGGUCUUUCAACAGACAGCAGGAAUGUUUGCCUCUGGGACACACUCGUCACUCCUGCAAACAGCCUGGUUCAUGCUUUCUGCUGCCAUGACUCCGGCGCCACAGUGCUUUCGAUGGCGCAGCGGCGGCAGCUUCUCCUCACCGGCGGGAGGAAAGGUUGCAUCACCAUCUUGGAGCUUCCGCACCGACACCAGCGGCAGAGUUUCCAGGCCCACGACUCGCCGGUUAAAGCCCUGGCUGUCGAUCCCACUGAGGACUGCUUCAUCAGCGGAUCCGCUGAGGGAAACAUUAAGGUGUGGAGUCUGGCCACGCAGGGCCUCCUCUACCACUUCCCCAACGAACACGCCCGCCAGUCGCUGUUCAGGAACCUGGGCACGGGGGUGAUGCAGAUCGAGGUGGGACCGGCCAGCCACAUCUUCUCGUGCGGCGCCGACGGGACCAUGAAGAUGAGGACGCUCCCCAACCGCUUCGCCACGGCGCAAAGCAGCAGCAGCAGCAGCCCCAAGGGCGACGUCAAGUUCUUCAUCUAGACGUGAAAACAUGGCGGAUACGAACGACGCAGUAAAAUAAUCUGCUGUGAUUUUCUUUUUCUCUUCCGUUUUUUUUUUCUUAUGAAAUGUGAACCCAAAUCUUGUCUCCAAUGGCGACCAAGCACAGGAGCUUUUCACAAGUGUUUAAAACUGCAGCUGAGUCGAGCACAGGGUACAGAUGAGAGCACGCUCAGCCAACAGGACCGCCGGCUCCCCGUCCACUGAGGAGCUCGUUUUGCACAGAGAGGGAAGCUGGAGACGUCUCGUAUAAAUGACAGGCGACCCUCUGUGGGAAGCAUCGAUGUAACGGAAUCACAUCCGGUCAGAACGCAGCUGGACGUUCGACCGGAUCGUCGGGAGCGAGCAGAUGCCAAUGUUCCCGUCGCUGGUAUCGCGUCACGCUUUUCACUGGAGCUGCUCUCCAGACGGACUCAAUCAGUCGAAUGAAGUUGGAGAUGAAUGCAGGCGGUCGCCUUUACAGGAGAUGCUUCUUGCUUUCUGACAGAUGAGUUGGAUUAAACACUAACUGAACAGUAAUGAAGGUCCAAACAGCCUUUAGCUCUGCUGUUGCCAGGCAAUAGCAGCCGAGCAAAGAUAAUCAGCAGAGAUUCGUUCAGGCCUGACCAGUCGCCUGCUGUUCUGGUCAUUUUCAACCCGCUCUGCAGAUUCUUAGUUAUUUAGACCAGACAUAUUUCUGAAGAGCACAACCAGGGAGACGAUGACAAAAGUUACGAUUAAAAAUGAUUUAAAAAUUCAUUGCAGGCUUUUUUUUUUCUCCUUUUUUGUUAAUAAAUUUGGCAGCGCUAAUAAUCAGAGAUUAACCUUAGAAAUAAAGCUAUGAGAUCGACUCCUGUAGUUCACCAGUUGCAUCAAGUGGUGCGACUGAAUCACUGAGCACCUAAUACAUGCUGCUGGUCAUAUUCUCAGAUAUAUUGAUGUUUAUUGAUCCUCUAAUGGAACAAAAAUGGAAAACUACUGGUUUUAUUUUCCCUAUAACUAUAAACAAUAAUUGUCCAGCCUUGGUAACAAAACAUUGCAAUUUAAUAUGGUCAUAGAUGGGAUUUGAGCAUUUUUGUGACUUGUUUUCAAAAUAAAUGGAAGUGCCGAUAUGCAGUAGUUUACCAGCGUGAAUCGAGCGUCACUCCUCUCAUCCAUCUGUCAGAAAGCAAAUAUUUCUCUUGGAGGUGAACGCUUCCUCAUCUCUGCACCAGGUUCUCUCUGUAUUUGCACACAAGAUAAAUUAAGCUAAUUAUAUGUAGUGUAAUGCAUAUGACUACAGUAGGCAGGCUGAAGGUAGUAAGGUAAUAAAAA